AUGUGGGUUUGGCUUUACCGUUGCACAAAAGGAGCUUAAGAACAGAACAGGCUUCAGUCAUGAAUCCGGAGGAGCAAAUGGUGACUUGGUUGAUUUCUAUGGGGGCUUUGAAUUCUCCCAAAAUGAUGGUUGAGGACCCCGUGCAAUUCCUCAAGACGUCUUUGAAAGACGGAGUGGUCCUUUGCAAACUCCUCCUCCGACUUCUGCCUGGAUCUAUCGGAAAGUACUGCCUGGAGCCCAAGACGGAAGCCGACUGCAUUGGCAAUAUCCAACAUUUUUUAAAUGGAUGUGCAGCGCUGAAAGUGGAGCUGUUUGAUGCCCACAAUCUCUACUCCGGAGAAAAUUUCUCCAAGGUACUGACUGCCCUUUCUUCUCUCAACAAAGCAACUGAAGAUCCAGGAAGUUCUACCAGGAAGCCAUGUUCUCAGCUGCCUUCUCCAGCCCCCGGUGACUGCCAGCCCCUGACCCAAGCCGCCUCGGCUCGGCCAUCAAGAGUGUUGCAGAGACAGUCAAGAGUCGGGGAGAUGACCGAAAACGGCAGUCACCAGCUGGUGGUCAAGGCUCGGUUCCAGUUCAAGCAGACCAACGAAGACGAGCUGACCAUCAACAAGGGGGACAUCAUUUAUGUCACCCGCACUGAGGAAGGGGGCUGGUGGGAAGGGACCCUUAAUGGAAAGACGGGUUGGUUCCCCAGCAACUACGUCAGAGAAAUUAAAUCCUCCGAUAAACUGCUCUCUCCUAAGGCUUUGAAAGGGGCUGAAAGUCCUCAAUUUACCAAGAAUUACUAUGCUGUGGUGCUUCAGAAUAUUUUGGAAACGGAGCGAGAGUACGCCAAGGAACUGCAGUCACUUCUAGGAACGUACUUGAAGUCUCUCCAGUCUUAUGACAAGCUGAGCGCUAUUGAUAUAGCAUCUUUGCUUGGAAACGUGGAAGAGAUCUGCAACUUUCAACAGACACUCAGCCUAGCCCUGGAAGAAUGUGCUAAGCUUCCCGAACACCAACAGAAAGUGGGAGGCUGUUUUCUGAGCCUGGUGCCCCAGUUUGCGUCCCUGUACCUCACUUACUGCACUAACCACCCAUCUGCGGUCAACGUCUUGACCCAACACAGCGAUGAACUGGAGAAGUUCAUGGAGAGCCAAGGGAUGGCCUGCUCUGGGAUACUGACCUUGACCACGAGCCUCAGCAAACCGUUCACCCGGCUGGACAAAUACAUUUCCCUUCUGCAGGAACUUGAGAGGCACAUGGAGGAGGCACACCCUGAUCACGAAGACAUUUUGAAAGCCAUAGCGUCCUUCAAGUCUCUUGUGUCCCAGUGCCAAGAGAUGAGAAAGAGGAAGCAACUUGAACUACAGAUCCUUUCAGAAACCAUCCAAGGUUGGGAAGGAGAAGACAUCCGAUCCAUGGGCAGCGUCCUUUAUAUGUCCCAAGUCAUGGUCCAACCUGGAGGGAAUGAGGAGAAAGAAGAACGGUAUCUCAUGCUUUUUCCAAGUGUUCUGCUGAUGCUCUCAGCCAGUCCUUGCAUGAGUGGAUUCAUGUACAAGGGGAGGCUCCCCUUAAUAGGAAUGAUGGUGACCAAAUUAGAAGAUCUGGAAGGAAGUGAUCACGUUUUUGAAAUCUCAGGAAGCAUGGGAGACCGGCUCACGGUACACUGCAGUAGCAGCCACGAUUUCCACGAAUGGCUUGACCACCUGCAGAGGUUGACCAGAGGAACCACUUUCAGUGGUACCCUCUCGAAAACCCAAUCUUGGGGUUCCCAUUCUACUUUUAGCUCUACUGGACAAUUCCGUGGCCCACUGGAACCACCCCAGAUCCUCAAACCCUGGACCUUGAGUUGCCUCCGCCCAGCACCUCCUCUCAGGCCAUCGGUGGCCCUCAGCUAUAAAGAGCGGAUGUCCUACAUCUUAAAGGAUGCCAGCAAGAGUCCAAAGACGAUGAAAAAGUUCCUGCCCAAAAGGAAAACAGAGAGAAAGCCAUCGGACGAGGAGUUUGUCAUUAGAAAAAGCACAGCAGCCUUAGAGGAGGACGCUCAGAUCCUGAAGGUGAUUGAGGCGUAUUGUGCAGGGGCGAGUUUGCAGCAGAGCAUCACUUCAGGGUCCCGCAAAGAUUCAGUUCCCCAGGUUCUACUUCCAGAAGAGGAGAAACUAAUCACUGAGGAAGUGCGGAGCAACGGGCAGACCGUGGCAGAGGAGAAGAGCCUUGUAGAUACCGUCUAUGCGCUGAAAGAUGAAGUCAAAGAAUUGAAGCAGGAGAAUAAACGAAUGAAGCAAUGUCUGGAAGAAGAACUGAAAUCCAGGAAAGAUUUGGAAAAAUUGGUCCGGAGGUUAUUGAAACAAACCGACGAAAGUCUCCGGGAAGAAACGGGCCGCCGUUCCUCGGUGCUGGCCUGAUCCCUCAGCCCCACUCGGGAAAGUUUGCAGCCACACACGUGUCUCUCUCGCUCUCUCGCUCUUUGGAUGGGGAUCACGCACGCCUGUUUCGCUUCUUCCCUUCGCUUCUUC